CAUGCUGCACUCGAUAAUUUAUUCCAUUUUCCCGCGGAAUUGCUAUUAUUAUUAUUGUUUUGAGCAAACAAAAAGUAAAAGUUAAACAUAGUUUAUUGCCGUUUCGGGGUUGCAAUUUAAACGCUAGUUAACGUUGUGAACGUGCGCGGCCUACAAAAUGAACAGUGACAAAGUGAAAAACGGCAACAACGAGGCCGAAGACUCCGACGACUCAUGCGGCGACGAAUCGGCCAGCUAUACCACCAACAGCACCACGUCGCGCAGCAAGUCGCCCUCGUCCAGCACGCGGAGCAAGCGUCGCGGCCGCCGCAGCACCAAAUCGAAGCCAAAGAGCCGCGCCGCCUACAAAUACGACACUUUCGUGAAGGAGAACCAUGGAGCCAACAUAUUCGGCGUCGCUUUUAACACGCUGCUGGGCAAGGAGGAGCCGCAGGUGUUUGCCACCGCCGGCAGCAACCGGGUGACGGUGUACGAGUGCCCGCGGCAGGGCGGGAUGCAGCUGCUACACUGCUAUGCCGAUCCGGAUCCCGAUGAGGUAUUCUACACCUGUGCCUGGUCAUACGACCUGAAGACCUCAGCUCCACUCCUGGCAGCGGCUGGUUACCGCGGCGUCAUUCGAGUGAUUGAUAUUGAGCAAAACGAGGCGGUGGGCAACUACAUUGGCCACGGCCAGGCCAUCAAUGAGCUCAAAUUCCAUCCGCACAAGCUGCAGCUGUUGCUCUCCGGCAGCAAGGAUCAUGCCAUUAGGCUGUGGAACAUCCAAAGUCACGUCUGCAUUGCCAUUCUGGGUGGCGUGGAGGGACAUCGCGACGAAGUGCUAUCCAUAGACUUCAAUAUGCGAGGAGAUCGCAUUGUGUCCAGCGGCAUGGAUCACUCGCUGAAGCUGUGGUGUCUGAAUACACCCGAAUUCCAUCACAAGAUCGAACUAUCGAAUACAUUUAGCCAGGAGAAGUCCACCUUGCCCUUUCCCACGGUGACCAAGCACUUUCCGGACUUCUCUACGCGGGACAUACACAGGAAUUACGUGGACUGCGUCCAGUGGUUUGGCAACUUCGUACUUUCCAAGUCCUGCGAGAAUGCUAUCGUUUGCUGGAAGCCCGGACAACUGCAUCAAAGCUUCGAACAGGUAAAGCCAAGCGAUUCCUCCUGUACAAUCAUCGCCGAGUUCGAGUACGACGAAUGUGAGAUUUGGUUUGUGCGUUUCGGAUUCAAUCCCUGGCAAAAGGUGAUUGCUCUGGGCAACCAGCAGGGCAAAGUUUAUGUUUGGGAGCUGGAUCCCAGUGAUCCGGAGGGUGCGGUUAUGACCACACUGAGUAAUACGCGCAGCGUAUCCACCGUGCGACAAAUCGCCUUCUCCAGGGACGCCAGCGUCCUGGUCUACGUGUGCGAUGAUGCCACUGUGUGGCGCUGGAAUCGUAGACAGGCGGCUGCCAUCUGAACAAGGGGCUAUCAUAACCAUUGCUGAACCACACACACCAAAUCUCACGUGGCCAAAUUUUACAGAAUUUUUCCCCGACAUAGUUCCUAGUUGUUAAGAGUUAGGUUAUAGUUAUAGGAGCAGUUCCCAGCCACUUACUACGUUCCAAAUAAUCAAUAAAUAGGUUUCCAAAAUGGCAGGAGAUCCAAAACUUAA